CCGGGCGACUCAAUUUCGGAAGCGCACUCUGGCAAACCUCAGGAACAGCACGCAACAGAAUCUCUGCAUACAACGCAACCCUGAGUAGGGCGGACUCAUCCUUGGCGCGAUCGUACCUUCGAGCGCCCAUAUAAAGGUCAUGCGCGAGCAGUGUCUUACGCAGACCUCAUCGGAUACUUCUCAUCCCGAGCCCGCUGGGAUUUGGACCAGCUGUCGUUGAUACCAGUCCCCUCAAGUACAAGUGGUCACUGAUACACCGCCAUGACGGAGGCCGCGAAAACUGCAUACGAGCCAGAGUUCCCGCACCCCUUCGUUGAUCGCUCGCAGUACGAUGAAGAGCCCAAGGGGACGUGGGCACCUCGGGCGAUCCUCGAGUUGAGGAUGUAUCAGUUGUCUGCGACGCUGCGCGAGAAGCCUGAGUGGUGGCGCAAAGCCAGGGACCCCGAGAUCAGGCAGAAGUGGUUCGAGGAGGUGAAGGCACAGCAGGAGAAGGAGGAGAAGCGGUGGCGCUUGUCCGAUAACAUGAUCAACUACACGCUUGGUGAGCUGCAGGACUACGCCCAGCUCCGGGAUGAGGAAACGGGGAUUGAGUGCGGCCCUUACGAGUGCAUCUGGCGCUCCGACAAGCUCAUCUCUGACGAACUGCGCGCCGCCCUCCGCGCCGCCGUCGCGCCCCUCGAAAACGUUCCCGAAGAACAGAAGGACUGGCACCCCGGCUCCAACAAGCAAGUCCUCGACCUCGUGCACCCCUCGCUCUAUCCCUUGGUCUACGGCAAGACACUCGGCAAGCAGCCCGAUGGCUCGAUGGGGACCUUCGCUCCGCCCUCGCCCUCCGCCCAUAGCCCGGGCGACCCGGCCGUGGAGUAUGGCCUGCGGGACGCGGAGGUCCUGCGCAGCUACAUCUCCCCGCGCUUCCAGUGGCUGCCGUCGGAUUUCGAGGUGCGAGAGGAUGGGAGCGUGCGCCUCGCGUCGCCGUACAUCAAUAACGUCCCGCCGGAGCACGCAAAGCAGCUCGUGCCUGUCCUUGAGCGCGUCGUCGCGCGCGCGGUGCCGCUGUGGGAGCGCGUGCUGGGCGAUCUGCGGCGCGGGGAGCCGAAGAUGCGGCUGGGGCCCGUGCUGGAGAGCAAGAGCUGGUACGGGGCGAGCAAGGGGCUGGACUGCGUGUGGAGGGACGGGGAGCCGGAGGAUCCGCCGGAGGACGAUGAGUACUACGCGUAUUACUCCCUGGAAUGGGAGACGUAUAAGGCGCGGAGGGACGCGUGGUUCGCGGGCAAGCCGAUGGCGCUGCCGGAGGCGCCGGGGGAGUAUGAUGGGAAGCUGGUGGAGAAGAGAGAGGUGUUUGGGUUGAGGGGGAGGGAGAUUCAGGUGAUCACCAAGCUGGCGAAUAUUGUGUUGGGGCCGGGCAAUCCGGCGUACCCUGGGGGAACGUGGCAUGUGGAAGGAAUGUGGAACGAGCGGAUUGUGUCCACCUUCAUCUACUACUACGAGUCCGAGAAUAUCCAGGAUACAACACUCGCAUUCCGCCAGGCGACCGCGGAGCCAUUGUACCACCGGCAGGACGAUGUCUUCUGCAUGUGGACGCUCUACCGCAUGGAGCGGGACCGGCCGUGCGUGCAGGAUAUAGGGAGCAUUCAGACGAAGGAGGGCCGCUGUAUAGCGUUUCCCAAUUUGUUCCAGCAUAAGGUUUCGCCCUUCGCCCUCACCGACCCCACCAAGCCCGGCGUCCGCAAGAUCCUCGCCCUCUUCCUCGUCGAUCCGACCCGCCCCGUGCCCUCCGCCACCGACAUCGCCCCGCAGCAGAAAGAAUGCAUGCAAGAAGCCCUCUACGGCGCGCAACUGUCUCCAACCAACCGCCUCUCUACCCUGCCGACGGAGCUCAUUAGCACGAUCGAGGCAGACUUGACGCCGGGGAUGAUGUCCCGGGAGGAGGCGCUGGCGAUCCGGGAGGAGCUGAUGGCGGAAAGGUCGGUCAAGAGGGAUGAGGAGGGGGAGGUGCUGGAGAGGGAUGGGACUUUGUUUAGUGGGGGUUUUAAUAUGUGUGAACACUGACUUCGUGAGCUCAAGCCUCAGAGUCGGUAACGCAUUCCCUAUGAAACGUUGCAACUCGUGUACUUGAAGAACCUCGCUCGUUAUACGGCGAUGAAUAGCCCCUUUUAGAGUGACACUGACUCAACCAAUCCUUGACACUAGUGAACCUGCUUCGAUCAUUUCUCCCUCAACGAAGGCAUAGGUCAAUGAUUGGAGUUCUCCCGGC